AUGCACCGCAAUCGAGCUUUCUUUAAGAAAACAAGGAAGGGCAAGAUCCUUCGUGUGGUCUCGGACCACUACUUGCGGGAUGACAUCGGUUGCGGCUCCCUUGCUGGCAAACCAGUAUCAAACGACAAUCUGGUGCAACUUGCCCAAGAGUCGGUGAUGAAGAGGUUCUUGGUUCUGGACACGAACGUGGUGCUGAACCAGAUGGACUUGCUCGAAAACCCAAGCCCGGCACUGUCGUGUGUGGUCGUCUUGCAGACUGUGAUGCAGGAGGCCCGCCACAACAAUCUGAGCCUGUUUCGUCGGCUGAAGCAGCUGCUGAAGGACGAUUCUCGUGUUUUCGUCUUCUUCGCCAACGAGCACCACUGCGAGACUUUCCCCGAAGAAAUCAAAGGGGAGUCGCCCAACGACCGAAACGACCGGGCCAUUCGUAUCGCCACGUCUUGGUUUUCCAAGCAGUUUGGCGACUCGAUAGCUGUGGUGCUUUUGACGAACGACAGAGCUAACCUCUCACUGGCUCAGGAUGCCAAGAUAUCAGCGAUGACCAUUCAUGCCUACGUCGAGUCGGUGCGGGGACAGUACCCCGAUUUAGCCGAACUCCUUGCUCCCGAGGAGUCAUCUGCUGCGGGCGACGUUAGCGAGUCGAAUCGCGGCAACCCACCGCAGAGGAGAACAGGAGGCCAGCGGGUUCUUCUGUUCGAAGAGCACAAACCCAUGUCUGAACUCACGGCAGGAAUUCGACAAGGCCGGUACUUUCAGGGGGCCCUGCGAGCGGAGCGGAGCAGCUCGAAUCGGUGCUAUGUCGUGGCGCAGGGCAUGCAGGACAAGGAGCGCAUCGCGGUGUACAUUCGGGGUGCUCAAUGCAUCAACCGGGCGGUGGACGGUGACAUUGUGGCGUUCGAGCUACUACCCGAAGCAGAAUGGUACUCCCAAGGGGACACGUCGGGCGGAGCGACCAAAGAGGAGAAAACGCCUACAGGUGGAGAGAUGGAAAUCCCAGAUAAUAGGCCAACGGAAAACUUGGUGCCGGACCCGACAGCUCAACCCGCGAUAGAGGAAAUCGAGAAGACGAAAACACUGGAGGGGGCCGGGACGAGGCAGCCUUGCGGGCGAGUUGUGGGAAUCAUUCGACGGAAUUGGCGGGAGAAGCAGUACUGCGGGUCCCUGCGGGUCGAAGGAGACCGAGCGGUUGCGAGCGGCAAAGGCCAGUCAACGAGUGCUCUUUUCAUGCCUGUGGACAGGAAGAUCCCGUGGGUGCGCAUCCAAACCCGCCAACGAGACGUUCUGAGCACCAAAAGAAUCCUGGUGGCGAUGGACUCGUGGCCGGCAUGGUGCAAGUACCCUCUUGGCCACUACGUCAAAACCCUGGGAGAGAAGGGUGCCAAGGCCACCGAGACUGAGGUGAUUCUUCUCGAGCAUGAAAUACCUCACGAGAGUUUUUCCGGCAAAGUGCUGGCCUGCUUGCCUCCUGAAGACUGGGCCAUCACGCCGGAGAACUCAGAAGGUAGAAAGGACCUCCGCCACUUACCUGUGCUGAGCAUCGACCCGCCAGGCUGCAAGGACAUCGACGACGCCCUCCACGCCCGUCCGCUGGAAAACGGCAACCUGGAGGUUGGCGUCCACAUUGCCGAUGUGACACACUUCGUAGAAGCAGGCUCCGCGCUCGACCAAGAAGCCUCAUCGCGUAGCACUUCCACCUACCUGGUGGAGAGGCGGUUGGAUAUGCUGCCUGGAAUGCUCACCGAGACAUUGUGCUCGCUCAAGCCGAACGUCGAUAGGUUCGCAUUCAGCGUCAUCUGGGAGAUGACACCGGCCGGAGUUAUUGUCGACGUCGACUUUUGCAAGUCCAUCAUCCACAGCGUGGCGGGAUUGACCUACAAUGAAGCGCAGUUGAUGCUAGACGACCCGAACAUCCAAGACGUCAAGGCCGAAAGCGUAAGGCGACUGAACGACCUGGCCAAGAUCUUCCGCAAAAGGCGUAUGGAUUCUGGCGCGCUGACCCUGGCUUCACCAGAGGUGCGGUUUGUUCUAGACAGUGAGAGCCAAAACCCCACGGACGUACAGAUGUACGCCCUGAAGGAAACCAACGCUUUAGUCGAAGAGUUUAUGCUUCUGGCGAACAUCACCGUCGGCAAGAAGAUACUGCGGCACUUUCCUACUCUAUCCGUGCUUCGACGGCACCCUUCACCCUCUCGCCAACAAUUCGAUGGGCUUCUGGCCAUUGCACAAGCAGUGGGAAUCAAGCUUGACGUGGACAACUCUAAGAAGCUGGCGCAGUCUUUGGACCGUGCCACGCGCGAGGGCGAUCCGUACUUCAACAAAUUGCUGCGUAUUCUCAGCACGAGGUGCAUGAUGCCGGCGCAGUACUUUUGCUCAGGGGAACAGUCUCAGGAAGACUGGCACCACUACGGGCUUGCCGCGCCGAUAUACACUCAUUUCACGAGCCCCAUCCGCCGGUAUGCUGAUGUAUGCGUACACCGGUUACUGGGCGCAGCGAUCGGAGUGGCACCGCUGCCGGCAUUCCUCAUGGACAAGGCCCUUUUGCACAACCUUACGGAAAACAUGAACCGGCGGCAUCGGUCUGCUCAACUUGCAGGACGAGCAUCGGUGGGCCUGCACACGGAGAUGUACUUCGCUAACAACCCGACCGAGGAGGACGCCUUCGUGCUCUCUGUCGACAAGACCAAGCUUUCUGUCAUCGUGCCCCGUUUCGGCAUCGAAGGAACGAUCGAGCUGGAUGCCGGAGACGGCACGUUUGACUUUGACAAACAAGCGCUCAAGCUUGUAUAUGUGCCCCCUUCUUCGGUUGGGGAUGUCGGCCAGACUAGCAUCCAGAUCAUGGACAAAGUUCGUGUCUUCGUUGACGUGGUGAACAACGCACGACACCAAGGAGCGAGGAUGACUCUAAUUUCGCCGGUGAUGGGCGUCGGCGAGGAGGUCCCUGUUCCUGAACCAGCUAUCCCUUCAGGGAAGAGACAGCGGAAAACUAAGGGGCUUUAA